UUUCUCUCUUUUCUUCGUAUAAUUCGCAUGGACUGUUUUAAAAGUACGUGUUACAAGUAGAACUGCAGAAGAGUGUACAGCAAACAGAUCUGUCCUGUCCUCGCUGCGAGCGAUGACUUGGAGGCGUAGUUGGCAAAACCAGGCAUGGAAUUAUGGCCGACGGGGGUUGCGCGCCUACGGAGCUAGACGUGCGCCACCGCUGCCCUUGGAGCAGAAGACGCCAGCUCUAUUGUCUUCUGCUCGAAUGAUCCUCUCUCGAAACGCCUUUGCCUCGGUUUCUUCAGCUAAGUUCUUCGAGCUGACCAAUCCAUAUUUCACCAAGAAAUGUUACUUUUCAAGUGAUGCUUGGGUUGACCUUCCAGUUGGUGUGAUAGUCGAGGUACCCCUGGCACAGACAGGUGAAGGGAUAGCUGAGUGUGAACUUCUCAAAUGGUUUGUCCAAGAGGGUGAUGAAAUUCAAGAAUUUCAACCCCUUUGUGAGGUUCAGAGUGACAAAGCAACUAUGGAAAUAACAAGUCGUUACAAUGGAAGAGUUUCUGAGAUUCUCCAUCAUCCAGGAGAAAUAGUGAAGGUUGGUGAAACUCUUCUCAAGAUGGUUGUGGAAGAAUCCAGCACUCCUACCAUGAGUGCUGAUGAUAAAGAUAAUAUAACAUUUGUAAAAUCUGAUAUAUGUGACUCAAGUCAUGAAAUCUUGUUGUCCAACAAAGAUAAUAUUGGAGGAGCAUUGUCUACCCCUGCUGUCCGAAACCUGGCAAAGCAGUACGGAGUAAAUAUAAACGAUAUUCAUGGAACUGGUAAAGAUGGGCGAGUUUUAAAAGAAGAUGUCCUAAAAUAUAUUACCACUAAAGGGAUAUUUAGAGAGCCAUCUGCAUCUUCACAAGAAACCUUGGUGGAACAGUUACCUAUAAAAGAGGAGAAGUCUUCAUACACAUUCUCUGUAGAUGGAUGGCAUUAUGAAGACAGUACUGUGUCCCUGAGGGGAUUCCAGCGAUCGAUGGUUAAAUCAAUGACCAUGGCUGCAAAAGUUCCACAUUUUCAUUAUUUAGAAGAGAUAAACUGUGAUGCUCUUGUGGAGCUUAAAGCGGCUUUUCAAAGUGAGAAUUCGGAUCCACAGAUUAAGCAUACUUACCUGCCGUUCUUAAUAAAGUCUCUUUCAAUGGCAUUAAGUAAACACCCUUCAAUGAAUAGUUCUUUCAAUGAGGAGUCACAUGAGGUUAUUCUUAAAGGAUGCCACAAUAUUGGUGUUGCCAUGGCUACUCCAUAUGGAUUAGUUGUACCAAACAUAAAGAAGGUUCAAUCAUUAUCCAUCUUGGAGGUUACUAAGGAACUUUCACGUUUACAACAAUUGGCAAUAAAUAACAAGCUUAGCACUGAAGACAUCUCUGGUGGAACGAUAACUUUAAGUAACAUUGGGGCAAUUGGUGGAAAGUUUGGUUCUCCUCUCCUCAACCUGCCUGAAGUUGCCAUUAUUGCAAUGGGCCGAAUCCAGAAACUUCCACGCUUUGCAGAUGAUGGAAAUGUGUAUCCUGCGUCCAUCCUCAAUGUUAAUAUUGGAGCAGAUCACAGGGUUGUGGAUGGGGCAACUGUUGCCAGAUUCUGCAACGAGUGGAAGCUAUUAAUUGAAAAGCCAGAACUUCUCUUAUUGCAUAUGAGAUGAUUAGCUUAUUAAUAGAAUCCACGAUUUCAAGAUAA